AAAGAUUAAAACCACUUAUAAGGCUGGGCCGUUGUAGUUAAGGUCAUCACUUUUAAUCUUUCUUUAAAACAUCCACUCAACCAAGCCAAGCCACACAACCUCCAACAAUGGGCAAGCAAAACGACGACUCCUUUAAGCUAGUCGGCUUUUCAAACUUCGUCCGCCACAACCCAAAAUCAGACCGCUUUAAGGUCAAGAGGUUCCACCACAUCGAAUUCUGGUGUACCGAUGCCACCAAUACGGCACGUCGUUUCUCCUGGGGACUCGGCAUGCCCAUUAUUGCUAAAUCCGAUUUAUCCACCGGCAACAUGGUUCAUGCAUCCUACCUUUUACGCUCUGGUGAACUUAAUUUCCUCUUUACGGCGCCCUAUUCGCCUUCCGUUGCUGGCGAUGAUUACAAAGACACUGCUUCUAUCCCAACUUUUAGCUACGAUUCUUGUCGGGCCUUUGCUAUAUCUCAUGGCCUCGCUGUGAGGUCAGUUGGUGUUGAAGUUGAAGAUGCUGAGAUUGCUUUUAAUACGAGUGUGGACCACGGUGCUAAGCCCGUUUCUUCUCCUAAGAUUCUCGACAACCGUGCUGUUAUUUCCGAGGUUCAUCUCUACGGCGACGUCGUUUUGCGAUAUGUGAGUUACAAGAGUGGGAAUAAUUUUGAUUCUUGUUUAUUCUUACCCGGAUUCGAACGAACGGACGAACUUUCGUCGUUCCCGUUGGAUUACGGGAUCAGACGGCUUGAUCACGCGGUGGGGAACGUGCCUGAACUGGGCCCUGCUGUUUCUUAUGUGAAAGGAUUUACUGGGUUUCAUGAGUUUGCUGAGUUUACAGCGGAAGAUGUUGGGACGAGUGAGAGUGGACUGAACUCAGUGGUUUUAUCUAGCAAUGAUGAAAUGGUGUUGCUUCCGAUGAAUGAGCCAGUGUUUGGGACGAAGCGUAAGAGUCAGAUACAGACUUAUUUGGAGCACAACGAGGGAGCUGGGUUGCAGCAUUUGGCUCUUGCGAGUGAAGAUAUAUUCAGAACAUUAAGGGAAAUGAGGAAGAGAAGUGGAGUUGGUGGAUUUGAGUUUAUGCCGUCACCACCGCCAACAUAUUACAAGAAUUUGAAGAAUCGUGCUGGUGAUGUGUUGAGUGAUGAGCAGAUUAAAGAGUGUGAGGAAUUAGGGAUUUUGGUUGAUAGAGAUGAUCAGGGUACUCUUCUCCAGAUUUUUACUAAGCCUAUUGGUGAUAGGCCAACUAUCUUUAUAGAGAUAAUUCAGAGAGUGGGAUGCAUGCUCAAGGAUAAUGAAGGGAAGAGUUACCAAAAGGGGGGCUGUGGAGGCUUUGGGAAGGGUAACUUUUCAGAGCUCUUCAAGUCCAUUGAGGAAUACGAGAAGACGCUCGAAGCCAGAAAAAUUGAAGCAGCAACUGCAUGAGCAAUUAUUAUGCACUCAUCUUCAUACUAUAAUACAGUGAAAUAAGGUUGUCUCUGCAGCCAACUUGGUAUUAUUAUUUGAAAUAUUGGUAUGAAUAUAGAGAUCAUGUAAUGCAUCAUGGUUUGUAAUUGUUCCUACUGCAAACUUACUGGAAAUAAUGUACUCAAAACUGCAUAAAAAGUAAUUAGUUAUUUUGUACACACUGUGUUCUGUGUUUAAA